AUGGAGCUCCCCGCAACCUCGCUCUCGCUCCCGCGCGCCCUCCCCUUCCCCAUCACGGUCCAGCGCAUCCACUCGCCCGUCGGCACCACCGUCCAAAAGACCGCCACCCUCCUCACCUACUCGUUCGUGCCCGCCCUCCCGGACGAGGACGGCAACCGCGUCCGCCAGGUCCGCCAGUGGGAGUCGCCCAUCGCGGGAGACGUCGUGCAGUGGGCCGUGCGCGCCGGCGACUUGGUCCGGGACAACAGUCAGCCCAUCGUUCACAUCAAGGAGCCGUGCACCCAUGACGUCCAGCUUCAAGGCCUGUGCGCCCUCUGCGGCAAGGACCUGACGACCGUCGACUACACGGGCUUCUCCGACACGUCCCGUGCGACGAUCAGCAUGGUCCACGACGUCGGCGGUCUCACCGUCUCGCUCGACGAAGCACACCGCCUCGAGUCGGCCACCACCAACCGCCUCCUCGGCGCCAAGAAGCUGUCGCUCAUCGUCGACCUCGACCAGACGAUCGUGCACGCGACCGUCGAGCCGACCGUGUGGGAGUGGAUGCAGGACCCCAAGAACCCCAACUACUCGGCCCUCGAGGGCGUCAAGCGCUUCAAGCUGUCGGACGAGAGCCCGGCGAGCACGUCGUCGAGGAGGAAGAGGGACCGCGAGGGCCGGCGGGCCGCGGCGGCGGCGAGGACGAGCGAGGGAGGGGACGAGGCCGACGACGAGAGCAGCGAGGACGACGACGAUGCCGAUGGCUGCUGGUACUACAUCAAGAUGCGGCCCGGCUUGCCCGACUUCCUCAAGCGCGUGUCCGAGAUCUACGAGAUGCACGUCUACACGAUGGGCACGCGCGCCUACGCCAAGGAGGUGUGCAAGGUCAUCGACCCGGACGGCGGCCUGUUCGGCGGGAGGAUCCUCAGCAGGGACGAGAGCGGCAGUUUGACGAGGAAGAGCCUGCAGCGCCUGUUCCCGUGCGACACCAACAUGGUCGUCAUCAUUGACGACCGCGCCGACGUGUGGGACGGCAGCCCGCACCUCGUCAAGGUCAUUCCCUACGAAUUCUUCGUCGGCAUCGGCGACAUCAACGCGGCGUUCCUGCCCAAGAAGAAGGAGCUCGUGCCUCCUCCCUCGUCGGCCCCGCCGCCGCCCGUCGCCGCCGCCACCACCGCCCAGUCGAUCGCCCCUUCCUCGUCGCCCUCGCCCGACCCGAGCGAGCCCUCGCGCACCACGCGCACAACGACCCCGACCGACUCGCCCCCUCCUCACGCCCCGCUCCACCUGCCCGACGCCAUCGCCUCCGAGCCCACCACCGUCUCGGACCUGCUCGUCGAGCCGUCGUCGUCCACCGACAUCGACGUCGUCGUCGCGCCCGCGCUUGCCGAGGCGUCGAGCGCCGCCCAGCACGCCAUCCACGACGUCAUCGAGGCGCGCCCGCUCGAGAAGGCGGCGCGCGAGGCGCACGAGGCGCACGAGCGCCACGUCGCUGCGGGCGGGUCGCACGAGCCGAGCCCCGUCGCGGGUGAGCAGAGCGCGACGCCGCCCGAGGUGGGUGAGGUGGAGGAGGAGGCGGCGCUGGGAGAGGGCGAGGGGUUGGAGGAUGAGGACGAGUGGGAGGAGGAGGCGGUGCUCAAGGACGAUGACCGCGAGCUGGACCGGGUCUACGAGAUCCUGUCGACGGUCCGCGACCGCUUCUUCGAGGAGCACGAGGCUCGGGGCUCAGCAGACGUUGCAUCCAUCAUUCCCUCCCUCAAACGCCUCACCCUCGCCUCGACCCGCCUCGUCUUCUCCGGCCUCGUCGCCCUCGGCCAGUCGCCCGAGUCGUCCGAGUACUGGAAACUCGCCACAACGUUCGGCGCGCACUGCUCGACCGACCUCUCGAGCGCGACGACGCACCUCGUCGCCAACCAGGAGGGCACCGCCAAGGUGCACCAGGCGCGCCGAGCUCGCGCCAAGGGCGCCAAGGUCGAGAUCGUGUACCCGCAGUGGCUCCUCGACAGCGUCGCGAGGUGGACUCGCCUGCCCGAGGAGGCGUACCUCCUCCCCGAGCCGGCCGCCGACGGCUCGGCCCCAGGGUCGCCUGUCCACCCCGAGCUCAGCGCAGGCGAGGACAACGGCCUCGCAGAUGCGCCUGCUGCGGGCGGCCCCGACGACACGGCGGCCGAUCCCGCGCUCGACGCGCCGGACGACGACGACGACCUGCACCUCGACGACCUCGACUGGGGCGACGCCAUGAAGGAGGUCGACGACCUCCUCCUCGAGACGGACGACGACGACACGGCGUCCCUCCUUGGCGGCGGUGACGGCGCAGGCGGAGGAGCGACCGACGGCGAGAGCGACGCGAGCGCUGCGCCAACCCCCGAGAACGGCGGUUCCGGGAGCGCGGCCGGCGCAGCGCGCAGCCCGCGCAAGCGGCCUCGUGCGUCGUCGCCCGGCGGCGCGUCUGCGGGAGGAGGCGGUCGCGAUGACGCCGCUCACGCGUCGAGCCCUUCCAGGCCGACCGAGUCGCCGCUGCAAAAGCGCGUCAAGACGGCCCGCAGCCGCCGGUCCGGCCUCAAGCAGUCGCUGAUCUCGCCGACUCUGACGACUUAG